AUGUUGAAGAAAAUCAACGCAGUUUUACGGCCAAAUCGGAGUCCGCACGCGCGGGGGGGCUACCACAGCGCGUGCACGGUUAGGCUGGUGCGCAGCGCUUCCACGCUGGCGGUGAGUGAGAGGAGUCGCGCGGAACUGACUCUGAAGCGGAGCGCGAGCGUUGUGAGCGUGCAGUCCGGGACAGCGCUUUACAAUCGAGAGGAGCAUGUGUGGCGUUACUCAAAAAACCAAGAGUGUCUGCACUAUCUGCAGGAGCUGGUUGAGCUCAGAAGACGCUACACAAAGUGUGUCAGCGACUUUAAGUAUGGGGAAAGGAAAAAAGAUGCCUCAAGCAAGAAGAAACCUGCAACGCAGCCUCCACAGCACGAAGACGCGCAGCAUAUGAGCCCACAACCAUUUGCCCAACCAAUACCUAAUGAAGAGGACACCCUGCAGUUCUUUGACGAAGUCAUAGCAAGCUGUGACUCAGAGCACUCCAGAAAACCACAUGUAGAUGAUGGCCAUGAAGAUGUGGACUUUAUUGUGGCUACAAGUACCUGCCAGCAUGAUCUCCACUCUAACUGGGUUUUGAGAGACCCUCGGCGGAUCUCCAUAAAUGAGUCCAGAAUGAAGCAUGCAGAAGUAGAAGCUAGUGAAAAUGUUUGGAGGAAAGCAGAAAGCGCAAACACAGGCAGCUUAAGACGUCUGCAAAGAAACCCCAUUCACCUGCCAAAAGUGGUGGAAAGUGCCCUACAGACCUUGCGCUUCAAACCUAAACUUAAUUUAAAAAAAGUAUAA